AUGUCAGACUCUCCUAUCGAAUCUAAAAUCAGCGAUGAAAAGAUCAACAAUGAGGCGACUAUGUUGACGCCUCCAGCAUCACCCGCUUUUCAAUUCGAAGAAGGUCAUGCUGUCUAUCAAAAGGAUGGCUUCCAUCCGGUCAAUAUUGGCGAAGUUUAUAAUGGCAAAUACAAGGUUCUCAGAAAGCUAGGAUACGGGAAUUAUUCAACGGUGUGGCUUGUACAAAACGAACUAGACAAAAAAUACUGGGCUAUGAAAGUCUACUCCGGGGGUGUUUACGGUGCUGGUAGUGCAAUUGAAGAAUUUGAAUUGAAAGUCCUCAAACACUUACGAGAUGCUGAUCCUAGUCAUGAUGGAUAUGAAUAUAUCUCUAUUCUACACGACUCUUUCAAACAUCAAGGACCGAAUGGAGAACAUCAUUGUUUUAUUUUCAAAGUUAAGGGGGAAAGUUUGCAGUCGUUUGUUUCGUGGUGGGAUAGACGGCCCCCGAUUCCAAUUAUACGGAAUUUUGUGAAUCAGCUUUUAUACGCGCUGGAUUAUACGCAUUCAUGUGGGAUUGUGCAUACGGAUAUCAAACCUGAUAACAUCAUGAUUCAAAUCCCAGAUGACUCCAUCAUAUCAGAGUACCUAGAGAAAACCAGUGUCAAAGUCUUAAGUCAAGACCCAACUACAGAUUAUCAGAUCAUACAGUCAACCAGUCUAAGGGAAUUCUACUUCGCCGAAGGGUUCAACCUGAUGAAAUUGAAAAUAGCAUUAUCGGACUGGACAACAUCAAGUUUCACCUCAAAUCAUCUUAUUGAAUUCAUCCAAUCCGAUUUGCUGCGGGCUCCAGAAGUCUUCUUAGCAGCUCCCUGGGACACAUCAGCCGACAUCUGGAAUCUCGGUGCUCUAGUCCCCGAACUCAUAUACAAUCAAAACAUGUUCAGUGGACGAGACCCAAACAGAAAAUACAAUGAGGUACGCCAUCUCCAAGAAAUGGAGAAUCUGUUCGGGCUUUUCCCGCGGUCUCUUCUGGAUAAGGCGUGCCCAGAAAAUGUGGAGACGGGUUUUGGUGAGGAUGGCAAGAUUUCGCUGCCGGAAACGACAACUGUGGGGUUGGAGGUUAGGUUUGGAGAUAUGGAGGAGAGUGAACGAGCUGAGUUUAUUGAGUUUGUGAGGGCGAUGCUUGUGAUUGAUCCCGAGAAGAGGAAGAGUGCGAAGGAGUUGCAGGAGAUGAAGUGGGCUGUGCAUGAUUUUAGGGAUAAGUGA